CCAGGGGCGGACUGACCAUUUGGAAACUCGGGCACUACCCGAGGGCCCAGGGUCAGUAGGGGGCCCAUGAGAUGCCCCUGGUACCUUUUUCAUAGGCUUUUUUGAGUUUUGGGCAAGGACACAGGGGCCCCAUGAUCCCCUAUUGCCCGGGGGCCCCAUGAGUUGUCAGGCUGCCCCUGUGUCUGCCCCUGACCAUAACCUGAACAUUAUUGAAUCCUCCAGGUGGCAGCGUGCAUGUAGGACUUGGUCUGGGUCUAAUCUAUGC